UUUUGGUGUCACACCGUCACAGAAAUCUGAUAGUGGUCUGUAUCACUCACUGUAUGGUAUGCGACACAACCGAUCAUCGUCGUUCCAUUCAUUCUGAUGAGGAUUAUUUAUUACCGAAGAACACUCUUUGCUAUCAGAUUUUGAUCGAUAAUCUUGGCCAGAAAGUGAUCAGCAAAUACUCCACCACCCUUUCAAUGACCAGCCAAACAGAUAGUCCUUCUUCUUCUUCAUCUUCCCCUCUUGGAUGGACAUACGAUGUGUUCCUCAGUUUCAGCGGUGUAGAUACACGCAAAAAAUUUACAGACCAUCUUUACACUGCUCUGACGCAGAAAGGGAUAUUCACAUUCAGAGAUGAAGAAGAACUUGAGAGGGGGAAGGCAAUCAAUCCAAAGCUAUUGAAAGCCAUUGAAGAAUCAAGAUAUGUAAUAGUCAUUCUUUCAAAAAAUUACGCCAGUUCAAGAUGGUGUUUGGAUGAGCUUGCAAAAGCUGUGGAGUGCAUGAAAGCCAUGGGACAAACAAUCCUGCCGGUGUUCUACGAUGUGGAUCCAUCUGAUGUGCGAAAACAAAGGGGCCAUCAUUUCAGGAAAGCCUUUGCGAAGCAUAGAAAGGACUUUAAAGGCAAUCCAGACAAGGUGCAGAGGUGGAGAGAUGCUCUUUCUCAAGUAGGCAAUCUCUCUGGAUGGCAUUUGCGAGAUGGAUAUGAAUCAAAAGUAAUUGGAGAUGUAGUUGGAAAGAUUUUCACUCCAUUAAAUCAGCUGGCAAUACCCAUAUUACCGUCAACUUCUUCUCCUCCUCCUCCUCCUCCUCGAUGGAAAUACGAUGUAUAUGUCAGUUUCCAUGGGGAUGGUCCUCACUUGGGUUUUGUUGAUUAUCUGUAUGAUGCACUAGAUAAGAAUGCAAUUGUUACCUUUAGAGAUGACAAAAUACUUGAGAGAGGAUCAUCCAUUUCCUCAGUAGUUCUUAAGGCUAUCGAGGAGUCAAGAGUUGCCCUCAUCAUUGUUUCAGCAAACUAUGCUUCUUCAUCGUGGUGCUUGGAUGAGCUUUGGAAUAUUUUUCAAUGCAAAAGUAUGGAGCAAGAUAUCAUACCAGUCUACUUUGACAUGAAUAUAUUGCUAUUACGGCAACAAGGGGGAGUUAAUAAGAUCCUUUUGAGACCGGAAGUAACGGAACAUGAAGAAGUUUAUUGGGAGAAAUGGGACAAACUAAAUAUGAGGCAACAACAGUGCAGGGAUGCUUUGGUACAGCUGUGCUACAUAGAUGGGUUUACUCUGGACUCCGAGAAUGUGUUAGAAACUAUAAUAGGUCAAAUUUGUGGCGAAGUAAAGAAAUCGUAUACACCAUCUACAAAUGUACACAAGGGCAUGGUAGGACUACAAAAGGGCAUGGUAGGACUGGAAUCCCGCAUUCAUGAUUUUGUACGUAAUUAUGUAUGUCCACAUUUUCUUAACGUACGUAUCAUAGGAAUCCAUGGAAUGCGAGGAAUAGGUAAGACAACUGUUGCCCGAGCAGUUUAUCAUCAUAUUCGUGAUGGUUUUGAAAGUAGCUGCUUUCUUUCCAAUGUUAGAGAAAGGUCCAGAAAGGAUGGUCUAGUCUCUUUACAAGAAGAACUUCUUUCCAGAAUGCUGUCUACAGAAAUUGGAGUAGAGGAUGAGUAUGCAGGAACUGCUCUGAUAAAAAAAAGGUUAUGCAGGCUAAGAGUACUUGUUGUCAUUGAUGAUGCGGAUGAUCUAACACAAUUGGAAAAUUUGGCUGGAUGUCAUGACUGGUUCGGCCUGGGGAGUAGAAUUAUCAUAACUACCACAGAUGUUCAUUUGUUGAAGGCAUACGGUGAUGGUGUUGAUAGUAUAUAUGAGGCGACUGGAUUACUAUAUGGUGAAUCUCUUGAACUUUUAUGUUUGAAGGCUUUUAAGAAGAGCCAACCGCCUGAAGAUCAUUUGCACCUGUGCCACCAUAUUUUGAAUUAUGCACACGGGCUGCCAUUAGCUCUUGAGGUCAUUGGUUCCUUUCUAUGUGGUAGAAACAUGGGAGAAUGGGCAAGUGCCAUCAGUAGGCUAAAGAAUAAACCGGAAAGAAGUAUUAUCGAUGUGCUUCAGAUAAGUUUCGAUGGACUAGGGGAAACAGAAAAGGAAAUAUUCCUACAUAUUGCAUGCUUUUAUAAGGGAAAAUCCAGGGAUCGUGUAAUACAAAUACUAGACUAUUGUCAGCUUUCCCCUGUCAUUGGUUUAAGUGUUCUUGUUGACAAAUCUCUCAUUACUAUUUCCAACAGCACACUGUCGAUGCAUGAUUUGCUACAAGAAAUGGGCUGGGAAAUAAUUCGCCGAGAGUCUCCUAAUAAUCCAGGCAAACGUAGUAGAUUAUGGUCUCAUGAAGACAUCCACACCGUGCUGAAGAAUGCUAAGGGAACAGAAGCAGUUCAAGGCAUGGUGAUGGACUUACCUAAAUUAGAAGUGGCUCAGUGGAAACCGGAAGCCUUCUCAGAUUUGUCUCAACUUAGUUUCCUCCUAAUACGAAAUGUGGACCUUCCCAAAGGCCUCACUUGUCUCUCUAACUCAUUGAAACUCCUCGAAUGGAGUGGAUACCCUUUAAGGUUUCUCCCACAAGAUUUUGAAUCAGAUGAACUCAUUGAACUUAACUUGUGCCACAGCAACAUUGAACAGCUUUGGCAAGGAGCAAAGAACUUUGACAAGUUGAAGUUCAUCAAACUCUGCCAUUCUCAAAGCCUAUGUGAGAUCCCAGACUUCACAGGCGUUCAAAAUCUUGAACGAUUAGAUCUUGAAGGAUGUAAAAAGUUGGUUAGAAUUCAUCCAUCCCUUGGAGUUCUCAAAAAGCUUAUUCUAUUGAAUCUAAAAGAUUGUGAAAGGCUCAAGAGUCUGCCAGAUAAAAUCAAAAUGGAAUCUCUCGAAACUCUAAUUCUUUCAAACUGCUCAAGUCUUAAGAAGAUCCCUGAGUUUGUUGGAAAUAUGGAAUGUUUGUUGGUGCUUAAUCUUGACAAGACUGCCAUCGAAACACUGCCUCCCUCAAUUGAGCGCUUAAGUGGCCUUGUUUCCUUGGAUUUAAGCAACUGCAAAAAUCUUGUUUCUCUUCCUCACACCAUUAAUGAAUUGAAGUCCCUUCAAAGUCUUAGUCUUUCUGGAUGCUUGAAACUUGGCGAACAUCAGGGUAGUAUGAGGGAGAUGGAGUAUAUGGAGGGAAAUGGUGCAAGUAGGACUGCUGUAGCAGAAUUGCCAUCAUGGAAAGAUAGUUUAAGCCAUUGUUUUGAAGUGGUUCGGGAGCAUUUCUCAUGGUCCUUGCCUUCUAGAUCAAUGCAAAGAAUCAAUACAGAACCAAUGAGUAUGCAGUUGCAUUUAUCUGGACUCUGUAAUUUAACAUAUCUAAACAUAAGCAAUUGCAAUCUUGGUGAUGGAGCAUUUCGCAGCAACUUUGGCUGUUUUCCCUCAUUGGUGGCAUUGAAUCUGGGUGGAAAUGAUUUUGUUAAGCUUCCUUCAAGCAUCAAAUCGUUUCUCAAGCUUGAAAACCUUAACUUGGAGAAUUGCAAGAGGCUUAAGGAGUUGUCAGAGCUUCCAUCAAAUAGUAAAUUGGAUGUAAGGGCAGAUGGCUGUUCAUCGCUGGCAAUGCUGUUUGAUGCAUCCAAUUUCAAUAGAUUGGAGAAAUCAUAUUUCAAUUUCAUCAAUUGCUUCAGACUAAAUGACAAUCAAGGCUGCAGUAACGUAGCAUUUGAAAUGCUGAAGACAUUCAUUCCUCAGGUUAUCUCGAAUGCAAGGGAAACUUUUCAAAUUGUAAUUCCUGGAAGUAAAAUUCCUGAGUGGUUCGGUCAUCGAAGUGUUGGGAGUUCAUUAAGUGUAGAGUUACCUCCAUUUUGGAGUAACAGUAAGUUUAUGGGGUUUGCUUUUUGUGCUGUUUUUGUACUCGAUGAGCACCAUGGAGUUGAUAUACUUGGCCAGCAUCAAUUCAAGACUUUCAAUGCUACACAUCAUCUUGUAUGCUGCAUGACCCUAAAUGGGUUCGAGUUAAAACAAGUAUAUGGCAAACAGCCUGCAUUUCGCUUUAGUGAACAAUUUUGCCAGGUUAAGUCAGAUCACCUUUGGACAUUCUAUGUAUCCUGCGAUAAAUACUUUGCUGCAGAAUGGUGGGAUAGCAGUUGCAGUCAACUUGAGUUCUUAUUUAAAACCCGAGGGCCAGGUCUGAAGGUGAAGGAGUGCGGGGUCCAUUUGAUAUAUGAGCAAGAGCAAGGUGUACAGAGUUGAACCAAAAAAUGACUCAAUUCAGCAAAAGGGUUUCUCCUUGUGGGAAUAUAUUGAUUGAUGUAGACAAACCAGUUGAAGAGAAAAGAGGAAAAAAAAAAAAAAAACAA